GAACAGUUAGACACUUUGAAGUCUUGGAUAAGGAAUUUUGAUGCGCAUAUAAUAUUAACACAAACACAUCGUUCCCACAACAAAACCUUCCUUUCAGUUUCAGCUGCAAAGCAUGGUGGGGAAUAGUGAAGAAGACCAAGAUGGCCUUCACCAAUCACCGUUACGAAUCCCGGGAUUGCUCUAUGUUUCAGUGAAGAUGGAGAAUCCCAAUCUCACUCUUCUCCCUCACGUAUCUGCCUCUUUCCCACUAGGCCCUUCUUGGGAUCCUUCAAAAGCUCUUUCCAUGGAACGGGAAUCAGCUUCAGUGUGGGAAUUCAGCUUUGUUGUUCCACCUAACCACGAAGCUUUAGAGUUUAAGUUCCUUUUGAAGCCCAAGGACAUCAAUAUGCCUUGUUUUGUUGAGGAGGGUCCAAGCCGAGUACUUAUUGGGGGAGCAUUGCAAGAUGGUGACAGACUAGCUUUGUUUAGGCUUGAUAACGAUCAAGUUCUUGAGUAUCGAGUAUUUGUGGAAGCAAAAAGGGUUUCUCCUUUUGAUCUUGCAGCUAGUUGGAGGGCUUAUGAGGACAAUUUCCGUCUUUCGACUGUACGUGGGGUACCUGAUGUCAGCAUAAAUUCAGAACUUCAGACAUGUAGUGAGAACAUCUCAUCUGCAAGUUUGGAACUGGAUCUUGAGCAGUAUAUUGUCCCAUCUCCAUCAAAUUCUGCAAGUUCAGCGCAUGUAUAUGCUGCCGACUUGACUGAGAAUCCCAGAUCACUAGGUAGUGUAUCUGCCAGCAUUUCAUCUUCCACUGGAGAUGGCUGUGUUCCUAUGAUCGAUCAACCGGCAACAGUAAAGUUGAUGGAGGUUAAUGCCCUUGAUCUAUCUAAGGUGUACCAAAGUCCUGGAAUGGUUAAAUCUCAGUCUGUGGGAACAAUUUCUCCUCUGCAAAACAAAGAUGACCAGAGAGCACUUCUUGUUGAUAGGGGUGUUGGAUUUCCCAGACUUGUAAAAUCUUCUAGUUCAAAUACUUUCGCUAAUCUUAAUUUGGAUACUAAUCCUGAGAGUUCAAUUCCAGCUGCUGCUGGAGCUGUUGCAGCUGCUGCGAUUGCUGAUCAGAUGCUAGGUCCCAAGGAGCAUAGGCAUUUGGCAAUUGUCAUGGUGAGUUUGCCUGCUCGAGGCAAGACUUACACUGCAGCUAAACUUACAAGAUAUCUUCGAUGGUUAGGUCAUAAUACCAAACACUUCAAUGUUGGUAAGUAUCGUCGCCUUAAGCAUGGUUCUAGUCAGUCUGCUGAUUUCUUUCGAGCUGACAAUCCUGAAGGUGUGGAGGCACGUAACGAGGUAGCAAAGCUGGCAUUUGAAGAUAUGAUAUCAUGGAUGCAAGAAGGAGGCCAGGUUGGGAUAUUUGAUGCCACAAACAGUAGCAAGCAACGAAGAAACAUGCUGAUGAAAUUAGCUGAAGGUAGAUGCAAGAUCAUUUUUCUGGAAACGAUAUGCAAUGAUGUAGAGAUAAUUGAGAGGAAUAUACGCUUUAAAAUUCAGCAAAGUCCUGACUAUGCAGAUGUACCAGAUUUCGAGGCUGGGUUGCGAGACUUCAAAGAACGUGUAGCCAAUUAUGAGAAGGUUUAUGAGACAGUAGAAGAAGGAUCUUACAUAAAAAUGAUUGACAUGGCCAGUGGACAUGGAGGGCAAAUACAAGUGAACAAUAUCAGUGGCUAUGUACCUGGCCGGAUAGUUUUUUUCUUGGUUAAUACACAUCUUACACCACGCCCAAUAUUACUCACCCGGCAUGGAGAAAGCCAGGAUAAUGUGAGAGGCAGAAUUGGAGGAGACUCUGCAUUAAGUGAAGCUGGAGAACUUUAUAAAAAGAAGCUUGCCAAAUUCGUUGAAAAGCGUCUCAAAUCAGAACGAGCUGCUUGUAUAUGGACUAGUACACUGCAGCGAACAAUUUUGACAGCAGGUCCAAUUGUUGGAUUUCCAAAGAUACAAUGGCGUGCACUUGAUGAGAUAAAUGCUGGUGUGUGCGAUGGGAUGACGUAUGAAGAAAUCAAGAAGAACAUGCCAGAGGAGUAUGAAUCUCGCAAUAAGGACAAGCUUAGGUAUCGUUAUCCUCGUGGAGAGUCUUACUUAGAUGUUAUUCAAAGGUUAGAACCUGUAAUUAUCGAGCUUGAGCGACAAAGAGCGCCUGUUGUUGUGAUAUCCCACCAGGCAGUUUUGAGGGCAUUAUAUGCAUAUUUUACUGACAGGCCUUUGAAAGAAAUUGCUGAUAUAGAGGUGCCCCUCCAUACGAUAAUAGAGAUACAAUUGGGAGUUACAGGCGUGGAAGAGAAAAGAUACAAACUAAUGGACUGAAAUGAAUAACUGGAGGGAAGAAUAGAUUUAAGUGAACUUUUUUUUUUUUUUAGAAUAAAUUAUGAUUAUCAUGUACAUUGUAAUAUUCUAAAACCCUUUUUUAUGGGCGCAUUCUUUAGUUUCUAAUUUGAAGAAUUUUGGACAUCAAAACAAAUAGAAUACUUAUUUUACUCGA